AUGGCUCCCAAAAAGAAGGAAGUCCAGAAGUUGUCGCUAGUCAACUUUAUGAAUGAUGCUUCGUACGGAGGAAGUUCGUGGGCCGAUGAAGUCGAGGAUACCAUUGGCUAUUCCUCUAUCCGCGAUAAUGUCCCUCAGACGCUUCCCAAUAAGCCACCAUAUAUGGCUUAUCUCGGUAACCUGUCCUACGACGCCACUGCCAAGAGCGUCAGCGACUUCUUCUCUGGAUACAAGAUUCUCAAUGUCCAAAUGGUUGAAGAUCGCGAGCAGAACCAGCCAAAGGGAUUCGCAUUUGCUGAGUUCGAGAAGCUCGAGGGCCUCAAAGAGGCGCUGACCCGCGAUGGCGUAUCAUUCAAAGGACGAAGCAUCAGAAUUAAGAUUGCUGGUCCGCUCAAGGAUAAGUACGGCAGUGGAAGUGCCAAGGACAAGUACAGCAGUGGAGGUGGUGAGUCGACACGCGAUUUCAGUGAUUGGUCACGCAAGGGUCCUCUUACGGACUUACCUAGCCGCGGCGGUGACCGCGGCGGCAACCGACGGGGUCCGUCUGAUUUCGGAAAGCAGAGAGCCCCCGGCCAGUUCUCAGGAGCCGAUAAUGGCAAGGUCCGAGACUCUGGCAACUGGGAGAGACGCGGACCGCUUUCGCCUCUAUUGCCUCAGGCUAAGCGCCGCCCUGAGUCUCGGGAUGGUUCUCGUCUCCGCACUAACGAUGGCGCCCGUUCCGAGUCGGUUCGUGGUCCUAGAGGAGCUUCGCCCACCAAAUGGGGCCUAGGCAAAGGCCACCCGGCGACGACGUCAACCUCGCGCCCGCCUCGCCGCAAAUUUGCUAACCGUCCCAACCGCCCUGAGCGUGUUCCCACGGCUGCUGAGAAGGACUCGCAGUGGCGUAGCAAUAUGCGUCCCGAUUUGACGGGCGAAUCUCCCGUCCAGUCUUGCGAGGGUAGUGAAGCCCCUCCCUAUCCCGCUGGCCACCCGGCUACUUUGCCUAUGUUGAGGCCCAAGUUGAAUCUCACCAAGCGGACUAUUUCAGAGAUGCCUGCCGUGCCCUCCCCGGUCGCGCCAGCCACAGAAGCCAAGGAUUCUAAGGCUAGCCCAUUCGGUGCUGCCCGUCCUGUCGACACAGCAACACGGGACCGAGAAAUUGAGGAGAAGCGCAUCCAGGCGAUCAAAGACAAGAAUCAUGCUGAUAAAAAGGCAAAGAAAGAUAAACGCAUCGCUAAAGAGAAUGCUAUCAAGGAACCUGCCGCCAGGGAAGCUGCUGCUGCGGAAGCCGCCGCCAAAGAGGCUGCUGCCUCGCUGGAGCCAAAGCGACGAGAAUUGCGAGAAGCGCGAGAAACGGCUAGGAUUGCCAAGUCUCGAGCUAUGAAAAGCAGAAACUGGAGGUCAGGCUCUGGAGAUCAGCAAGCACCAACUCGUAGUGCCCAUGCCCCUAAUGCCCCCCGUCACGAAGAGGCUGCUGCCUCGCUGGAGCCAAAGCGACAAGAAUCGCGAGAGGUGCGAAAAACGGCUGCAAUUGCCAAGUCUCGAGCUAUGGAAAGCGAAAACUGGAGGUCAGCCUCUAGAGAUCAGCGAGCACCAGCUCGUGGUGCCCAUGCCCCUAGUGCCCCCCGUUGCGGUGGUGGCCCUCCUCGUGGGCCCCGUAGUGAUGCCUGACAGCCGCCGCAAGCAAACGGCAGCGGCCCGGCUCUCGCCCCUAUCCCCCAAUAGCAACCGGCUCAGGCUGCUACCAGUACCACCGGCGACCAGAGCCCAUUGACGUCAACCGUCGACGAGGAUAGCUAGAUAACCGUCCCCAAUAAAGCCC